AUGCCCGGUGCAUCUCUAUGGAUCAUUCCUCCCAAGGACAGCACCUUCUCCCAAGCUCUCCAAACCCUCAUCUCCACAACCAUACCCCCUCACUUCCCAGAUACCAAAACCUACGACUUCAUCCCUCACGUCACCAUAACCUCCAACAUUGACCAAUCACUUUACGGCUCUGAUCCUCAAGCCUGGCUAGGAAGCUUGCCUUUACCUUCAGUAGACCAGCAUGACCCUGUCUUUGUAACUCUUGAUCUUUUGGAAGCUGGAGAUGCAUUUGUCAAGAAGCUGACUUUGAGGGCUGGAAAGACUUCUCAGCUGUUAAAGCUCGCUUCUGCUUGUCGUGCCAGUGCUGUCGAGGGAGGUGAUAAGGUCAAGGCCAGCACAUGGGCUCAGAACGACUACUUACCUCACCUUUCUCUCAUGUAUGCCGAUCUGCCCAAGUCUGACGUCGAGAAACUCGUGUUUACAGUUCAAGAAGACUGUCGCAAGGCUGGUCGCGGUGUCGAAGCUGAUAGUGAUGGAGGAGUCGCCAAAGGAGGUUGUAUCGUCUUGGUGGACACGAGCAAGUCUAUCGAUCAAUGGAUUCAGAUCGCAACAAGAGAUUUGCAGCACAUUACAUGGGAGUGGCCGUGGUCAAAGUCAAGGUUCGAUAAUUGA